AUGUGGAACCUGCAAGGUGAACUCGAGAAGAUGAAUGGCACCCUGACCGCCAUUCAGGCACUUCUACUUGAUGCAGAGGAGCAGCAAGAACAUAGCCGUCAGGUCAAAGACUGGCUCCAGAAGAAGCUGGAGCUCUUGUUCCUAGAUGCGGAGGAUCUACUUGAUGAUGUUGCCACUGAAGCUCUGCGGGAGGAAGCAGCUGCACGGGAUCGAGAUGACUCCAGCAGGUGCUGGACUGUGGUACGCUUCCUUUUCUCCAUCCCGAGUCGGGUGAUUUACGGUCUUAAAAUGGCUCAUAAAGUCAAGAGUCUUAGGGAGCAGUUGGAUGAUAUACAUGAUGAUAACACCAAAUUGCAUCUGAAUCCUCGUUUCGAGGAGAGAGGCAAAAUGGUGAAGCAUACCCUCACCAUUUCUUCCAUCCCUGACAUAGUUGUUGGGAGAGAAGAUGACCUGAAUCAUAUUAAGCAACUUCUUCUGUUGGCCGAUAAUGGCCCGAAGAUCUCUGUGGUUUCUAUAUUUGGCAUUGGAGGGAUGGGGAAAACCACACUUGCUCAGCUCAUUUACAAUGAUAGGCAAGUUAAGGAGCAUUUUAAGUUGAGGAUAUGGGCUUGUGUGUCUGGGUCAUUUGAGCUCAGAGUGAUUACCACAAAGAUUCUUGAAUCAGCUACAAAGGAGAAGAUACAAGAUCUUGAGCCCGAAGCACUAACCAAUCUCCUUGGGGGGUUCAUUGGUGGGAAAAAAUACUUUCUUGUGCUUGAUGAUGUGUGGAACUUUAAUCCCGAGGAGUGGGAUAUGCUCAGAUCUGUGCUCAAGAGCGGUGCCAGUGGGAGCAAGAUCUUAGUCACCACACGUUUCGAGAACUUUGCAAAGAUGAUGAGUCGUGGUUCUCCAGAUCCACCGUAUGCUUUGAGCGGCCUAUCCUCACCACAAUCAUGGUCAUUGUUUAGGCAGGUCAUGUCUGGUGGUGGUAACCACCAAUUAGCUGUUGAGGAACCACUUAACAUAUCUAAUGUGGGGGAGAUUAAAGAACAAAUCAUGAAAAAGUCUGCCGGGGUACCUUUAGCUGUGAAAACAGUAGCCAAUUUGUUGUGUUUUAAAGAUCCUCAAACUGAGUGGUUGUCUUUCCUUCAAUCCAAUGAACUUUUAAGUGCCAAGCAUGAGAAUAGCAUGCUACAUAAUCUAAAGCUGAGCUACCACUACCUUCCCUCGCAUUUGAAACGUUGCUUCCUGCUUUGUAGUUUGUAUCCUAAAGAAUUUCCCAUUUCUGUCCGCGAACUAAUUUUUCAUUGGUUCGCAUUGGGGUUUAUUGAGUCAUCACCUGAAGAUACCAAACAGAGUCUAUAUGAUUUAGGUCUCCAGUAUUUUAUGGAUUUGACAUGGAGGUCCUUCUUUCAAGAAAUAAAACGAGACGGGUCUAAUAGUAUAAAAACUUGUCGAAUGCAUGGUUUAAUCCAUGAUCUUGCAGUCUCAGUGUCUGGGUCUAAUUACUCAGAAAUAAAUGAACCUACAGCAACAAUCAGUAAAACCACUUAUCACAUGUCAUUGAGCCAUGAUUUGUGGUGUCCUACAGAGCUUGUAGGCCACCUAGAAAAAGCCAAACAAUUGCGAACCUUUUUUUCUGUGUAUAAAGAGUGGUAUCAGUCUGGAACGAGUUGGGAUGAGUCUACCUUCAGAUCUUUUAUUUCAAAAUUUCCAAGUUUGCGUAUACUUGCAUUUUGGAACUCUGGGAUGGAAGUUUUGUCAGACGACAUUCAAGAACUAAAACAUCUUCGCUAUUUGGAUAUCUCAUUAAACAAUAAGAUAACCCGGCUGCCACCUUCUAUCACCAUGCUACAGAACUUACAAGCUCUGCGGCUUUCUGAGUGUAGUAGUCUUCAAGAGUUGCCAAGAGAUAUCAACAAACUUGUGAAUCUCUGGAUCCUGGCAUGCAGAGGCUGUUUCGCCUUGACACACAUGCCGAUGGGGUUGGGUGAACUAACUCGUCUUGAAGUAUUGCCAUAUUUUGUGGUGGGAAAGGAGGAUAGUUUCACUUCUAAGCAGACAGUAGGUGGGUUGGAUGAGCUACAUAGGCUAGACAAAUUAAGAGCCCGGCUCGAAAUUGCGAAUCUUGGAGCCCUUCAAAGCAGAGCGGGGGUAUUGUCGCCGUCACCAUUACUCGCAUUUGAGCUUGGUGCGGCUGCUAAUUUGAUGGGGAAGCCCCAUCUUGAAACUCUGAUACUAGGGUGGGGUCUUGAUAAUGGUGAAUGGGAAGAGAUUGGGCGGGAAGAAGUUUUGACGGGAUCAGAAGAAGAUGCUGAAUGGGAUGAGAGCUUACUAGAAGGCCUCCAACCGAGCUCCUGUCUGAAAUCGUUGGAGGUGAUUCAGUACAAAGGAGGGAAAUGUCCAAGUUGGAUUUCUUGUCUCACUAACCUGGUCACUCUUUCAUUGUAUUGGUGCAAAGUGCGCCAUGGUUUGCACCAGUUGCAAGAAUUGCCGGUCCUUCGAAGGCUUACUAUUGUGAGGUUCCUUGAACUAGAGUUCAUGGAUGAAGAUGAAGAUGAAGAGGAAGACGGUGACAGAUGCUGGGUGCUGGCCAAAGAAGGUACAAAACACAAGAAGACAUCCAAGCCAUUCUUCCCUUCCCUCGAGAAACUUGGAUUGCAUAAUUGCCCCAAACUAAAGGGAUGGCGCAGGAGGAAGCUGCCCCAAUUUCCUAAACUUUCUAAACUGUCCUUAAUGUUGUGCCCUCUGCUGACGAAGAUGCCAUUAUUUCCAACACUUGAUAAGGGUCUACAAUUGGUUGGAACUAGCCUAGAACCGCUACUGUGCACAAUGAACGUCCCAUCGUCGUCGGUAGGAAACACAAGCUGUUCUUCUUCAUUUUCAAGUGAAGUGGACUUGAUGCAGUACCCUUUGUCCAAACUGAAGAAACUGCAGAUCUAUGGCGUCGAUGACCCUCCAAGAGACUGGCUGCGAGGGAUGCAACACCUCACUUCCCUGCAAGAGCUUAGAAUUGGAAUUUUUUCAGGGCUGGAGGAGACUUUGAAUUGGCGCUACAUCUCGCACGUUCCGGAAAUCACACUUGAUCGCAUCUAUAUAAAUAGAGACGGCCAGUUUCUCUGGGAUGAGUUUGGUUGGGACAACUUCCAUCUGAUACUACAGGUUUGGAAACAACUUACUCUUUUCUUUUCCUUGUCCCCCUCCAUCCUGUGUUAUUUUCUCUCUCUAUGCCAACUAAUUUAUCAGUCUAUUUAUAAGUUUUAUCUGUUCCCUUUAGAUUGUCAGAGAGCUUAUGGCAAAGAACAACUUAGAAGGGGAGAAUUCAAGAGGAUGAGCGCACAAAAGGAAAUGAUCGGGUUGAUCCCUCAAGACAAUAGGUUUGGUACGACAUAG